CCCUCCUCUAGGUCCCCUCCCCCGCCGGCCCUCCUCCCCCACUCCUGCUCUCUCCGCGCCCCAGGCCCUCCCCGCCCACGUGGAAGUGGAGGAAGAGGGGGCGGGGGCCGAGGGCACGUCCCCUCCCUCCUACUGACCCGGGUCGGUUUCCUUUCCUGCCAUCUCUGACUGAGCCACUAUGGAGGCCUCGGCAGUUGGUGCGAGGCGCGGGCAGGCUCUCUGGGCAUGCAGGGCCGGUGGGUGACCUGGUUGCUGGCCUGGGCGGUGCUGCAGCUGGGCUGGAGGCCAGGAUGGCUCCUAGAGUCCUCCAACAGGCCCUCAAGCCUCUUCAGCUGCUCCCCAACUCAGCUCACUGUGCAGGAAGGAGCGAACGCCACCUUCACGUGCAGCUUCUCCAACUGGUCGGAGCACCUGGUGCUGAACUGGUACCGCUUGAGCCCCAGCAAGCAGAACAUCAAGCUGGCCUCUUUCCGCAGUGGCCUCAGUGAGCCUGGCAGGGACCCCCGCUUCCGAGUCACUCAGCUGCCCAGCAGGCUUGACUUCCACAUGAGCGUCAUCUCCGCACAGCGCAGUGACAGUGGCCUCUACCUCUGCGGGGCCAUCUCCCUGUCCUCCAAGGUGCAGAUCCAGGAGACUACAGCUGCAGAGCUCAGGGUGACAGACAGGGUCCUAGAGUCCCCGACACUGGAGCCCCUCCCAGCACAUCCCCGCCCCUCGCCCAGGCCAGCAGGCCAGCUUCCAGGCCUGGUGGUUGGUGUCACGAGCGUCCUGGUGGGUGUCCCAGUGCUGCUGCUGCUGGCCUGGGUCCUGGCCACCACCUGUUCCACAGCCUUGCCAGACGCUGGAGGAGCCAGAAGUAAAGAGCAGCCCUUGGAGGAGGCUUCAGAAGUGCCGGUCUCCACCCUGGACUACGGGGAGCUGGACUUCCAGUGGCGAGAGAGAACCCCCACCCCUGAGCCCCCUGCCUCCUGCAUACACACCGAAUAUGCCACCAUUGUCUUCCCUUCAUCCCCAGGCCGCAGGGGCUCAGCAGACAGCGCCCAGGGUCCCCAGCCUUUGAGGCCUGAGGAUGGACACUGCUCUUGGCCCCUGUGACCACUGGCAUCCUGCCAACCUCCUGCCAAGAACCCAGGGCCAGCUCCUCCCUGAGGAAGAGGCAGAGCAGCAGGGGCCUCUCAGGGGCCAAGCCACCUGGGUGGUGACCACCCAGCACCCCGUGCCAGCCUUGCCCAGGACCCAUGGAUGGAUGCUCCUCUCCAUGCUCUCCAUGAGCUGGCAGUGGCAGCCCACCGUCUCCCGAUGUGGAGUGCUGGACAUGGCCAUGGCUGCAGGCCUUGUGAGAUAGCUGGCCUGGGCCCAGCUCUUCCGAAUCCUGCUGUUCCAGUCACCGUGGCCCCCACAGCCUCCCAGGGAGCCCCAAGCCUAAAGCUGGGGCCUGGUAGCAGAAUGCUGAGGGGCAGGCUCUGGGAGGCACCUCACAGCAAGGAUGUCCAGGCACACAGUGGACACAGCCCUAAGGCUGCCACGGAGGGGCAGUCCACAGAUGGGCCCAGGGGCCACAUGCUCGUGGGGCUUAAUGGAGUCUCAGCAAAGCCAGAAGAGAGCUCCUACAGCCAGCAGGGUGGGAGCACAGGACUCCCACCCAUCGGACCCUCUGCAGGGACCCUCCCACCUCAUACAGGUCCAAGCAGCACCUCGGACUGUCCUCCAGCUGGCUGAGGCAGUGAGGGAGAGGGCAGAGCCAGAGGCCACCUGCCCCAGGGCCCUGCAGCACCCUCCCUGCUCACCUGGAGGACUGGGUCCCAUGUCAGCCAGACCAGCAAGGGCCCCUCCCAGCCAUGGCCAUCCUAGGCAGGAGGAGUGGGGCAGUGGCAUGGGCACCCCGGGUCCCCAUGUGUCCUCUCCAGGAAGUCCAGUUCUCCUUGGCUCUCAGUCACAGUGUUUAUUUUCAGCAGAUCUUGGCCAGGCUCCCACCAAGGGUGGGCCAGGUGGUCAAGUAUUCCCUGUGCUGGGUGCCCCUACUCUUAUGCCAUUCAGGACAGGGCAGCUAGGGCCUGGACUGACCAGGGCUACCUCUGCAGUCAGGACUUGGGCUCUCUUGUAUUCUAUUAAAUAAUGACAGAAGCCUGGGGCCUCCUGUCCUGCUCACGGAGCUGCGGGAAGGCGGACAGGUCGAGGGGCUGGGCUGAGGCUUGAGGUGGAGGCAGGUGCUGGCCCUCCCGAGGCCUGACUCGAGAAAGUGCCAAAAACACAGCAGCCUCCCUGACCCUGGUCUCUGCUCACACAGCUCCCCAGCUGUGAAAACCUCCAACUGCAGUGGGGAACCCACCCACUCCUCACCCGCAGGCCCUUCCCAGGUCCCCAGUGGGCAGAAGUGUCCCCUGGGCCUGUCAGUCCUUCUCAGGCCCCAUGACCCCUUCCUGGGCAUGUCCCCAGGGUUGGUUGCUGCAGAAUAGGUGGACAACACCAGGCCAUGAGAGAGGGGCCGGGGUGCCUUGGCCAGGAUGCAGAUGUGCCUCCCGCCAGAGUGGAGAGAACCAGCCCAGGGAAGGCAAUUCCUACUCCACACUGGGGUCCUGGCUCAUGACCAGGGACCUGGCAGAUGCCCCUCCCCACCCACUCCUGGCAUGGGGCAGUGGACCUGGCCCAGCUCCUCAGGUGCUGCUCCUGCCCACCACUCAGCCCUUGAAGCUCCUCCUGAGCCCACUGCCCUGGGUCCCAUCUGCUUGAGGCCCAUUGGGACCACAUCCAGGACAGGCCAGGAGGUCUGUGGCUCUGGAGACCUGGCAAGACGGAGUGUCCAGCAAGUGCCGGGGCUCUGGGAUGGGAGAUUAGCCUCAGAAACUGCUCUGGCACAUUUGUGGACAGUGUGACAGGAGAAGCUGGACACAGACAUGACAGGGCCAGCACUGUCCUCCAGCCCUGCAAAGCAGACUGACACAGCAGUGUGUUGCUGGGCAAGAUCUGGAUGCGAGGAGCAGGGCACAGCCUCAGACGUCAGGAGGGAAGACCCAGCCUGGGAGGGUGGGGUCCUGCCUGGCAGUCUGGAAGACCCCUUUCCCAGGGGUCCCUGUGGAAACACCUCCAGGGAUAGGCAACCUGGGGAAUGAGAACUGCACCGGGGACCACAGCUGGCCCUGCCGCCAAGAGACCACCCCAAGCUGGCCGGAGUCGCCUCCCGCUGGGGCAGCCCAUCACUGUGGUCUGAGGAGCCCCUGGCUCAGCAGAGAGCAGAACAGUGACAGUUCACUGUCCCCCAAAGCAAGGAAGAGUUGGAGUCACGUCAAGAUGACGUGCCAACUUGAGCAUCGAAAACCCCAAAAUCAGCUUGAUCAACACACUCUGUUUCAAAGAGCUUGGUUGGAGUCAAGGGUCAGAUGUGGGAGCCGGAGAGGAAAAAGGAGAAGGGGAAAACAGAAGGGAGGCAGGAGGGAGAGGAAGGGGCGGGGGGGGUGCUCCGCGAAUGAGAUGGUUCCAGCAGGUUCUGCGUGGACACGCCUCGUGGGGCCACUACACCGUGUAAUCACCAGGCACCAGUUUAAAACAAAAGACCAAGGGAGGGAGGGAAGGCCAGGCAGCCUGCCUGGGUGCAGUUGGCAGCGGGGCCACUUGUGGUGACAGCAGGCUCAGAUGAGAACUGAGAGCAGUCGUCAGCACUUCCCACCCGCCUUGCCUUCCCGUAAAGGGCCACGGAGAGCUGUGUUCUCAUUGUUUCCAUGCCGCGCUCUGCCCCGGGGCAUGUGUCACAGCCCUGGCUGAGCUGUGCCCACCGCCCAUGCUUGUGCUUCGGGUCUUCCCUGUGCACCCACAGAGGCUGCCGCUUCAGGGGUCCUGUGGAGCUGGUCUCGGGCUCCUCAUCCAGUCCUGGGUUCUUGGGAGCAAGGUGGGGCUGACCCCAGAGGGUGGUCCCCAGAGCAACAGAGAGAUGGCCCCAGGCUCCUGGACCCGGCUCCCAGUGCCCUGCACCUGCCUCUCCUGUGCCCUAGUCCUCAAGUCCCACCUUGAGGCCCUUCAUGAAGGACGCUGUCUCAGUCCCUCCUGGGAGCCUGAGGUCCUGCCCUUUAGGGUCCAGGGGACAACCAAGUCUCUAGGCAGGAGAACCUGCAGAGGCCUGAAGGCCCUCCCUGGGGCAGCAGGAGACAGAGCGGGUGACCUGGAACCUCCAAGGCACUUGGGGGCUCUCAGGAUGUGAGGUGGGUGGGCCCUGGGGGUCUCAGCUGUGGGGAGCCACUCUGAAUGACCCCUGCCUUCCAGUUCUGAAGCAGGAGACUCUGACCAGUCACUCCAUUUUGUGGUGACUUGGACAUUGUCCCAGCUCAGGAAGUGAAAGGUGUGUCUUCAGAUGUAAGUAUCACCCCUGGGGUUGAAUCACACUCCCCUGUCCCUCAUAACCCUGCCCCUUUGCCUUUUUUGGAUAGAACUUUCUAAGAACAAGGGUCCCCACAAUUAAAGCCCACCUCCAAACAUG